GAAAGUCCGAACUUUGUGUUCAACGAUGGCGUAUUGCUCCGAGAAUGCAUGCAUUAUGAAUCCCUUGCGAAAAUAGUGUUGUUUGCCCCCGAGUUCUUCGAACUUUUCAAAUACAUAGUGAUGCCUAAAACCGACAUUGCAGCUGAUGCAUUCGCAACAUUUAAGAUUCUUUUAACAAGACACCAGCUGCUGGCUUCUAUGUUUUUGGAGGAAAAUUACGAUAGGUUUACAGAAGACUUUACCAAUUAUUUUCUCAAAUCUGACCGUUAUGAGACGAAGAAAAAUGGAAUUGAUUUUCUUGGAGAACUAUUGCUAAACAGACAUAAUUAUAAUUUCAUGACAAGAUACAUUGGCAACGUAGAGAAUCUGGAACUCAUAAUGCAAAUGCUGAAAGAUAGGAGAAUAAGAGGCAUCCAGCUAGGCGCUUUCAACGUAUUCAAGGUGUUUGUUGCGAACCCUGAGAAGACCCCGCCUGUCCAUGACCUCCUGCUAAAGAAUAAAGAUGACCUUGUGGAGUUUCUCACUGAAUUCUAUAGCACGGAUGAGCAAUUCAACUAUGAGAGGAGUGUUAUCAUUCAAAGCCUCAGAGCACUUCAACCUUAGGCAUCUACAUAUCGAUCACCCGCGCCCCUGUAUCUUUUUCCUCUAAGGGGAAUCUAACCCAAAUUAAAACUUGUUUUUAUAAGAAAAAGAAAAAUAAGACAAGUUGAUAGGUGAUAGUUUAAACAAUAUUGGACAUGCAACAAGAAAGUUAU